AAAAUCUGUCAAAAGGGUUAAUCCACGUCGGAAACGGUAGUAGACAUUUUGUUACAGGGGAUGGCAUUAAUAGAAAAGAAUUAGCGACCAUGUCUCCGAGCGAGCUAGCUCCUUCAGCGUCUUUUUCAAGAUUGCGGCCCGGUCGAAAACGUAGAGCAGUUCCUAAAGAGUUAGAUUUUACAGGACAUAACCCUAUCAUGGUAGUGGAGCAUCUGAAAAAACGAAGAACGGCAGAAGAAGGCGCAGAAUACGAAGAGAAACAGCUUUCUGUCAUGUUAGAAAAGUCGGCCAAUAUUGUAGAUGAGUGUAAAACUGUAAAUUAUGGUAUUGGCAGAGAAAAGCUUGCACAAAUGACUACAGAGGAAUUGAGAGAUUACGCCAAAUUCUUUGCAACGGCAUUAGCCAAAAUUAAUCUCAACCAAUCUAACAACUGCAACUCUUAA